AUGGACAAGUCUACUGAAUGCAGUGGUCCCCAGCAUCGCAAUGUGGUGUACUGCUUGAUUUGUGAAAAGCCACAGAAGAUGAUAUCGGUCCACUUGACAAGAACAUGUAUGAAGGAUCGCACACCGGCAGAAAUAAAGGCUGAAGUGAAAAGGGCCAGGGAAUCUCACAGAAAAUUUGGAAUAGAAAGCAGGGUCGUGGAUUGCCUGGACCUGAUUAAAGAUCACCCCACAACUUAUCCUUUGUUGAUAAAUUACCUCAAAGAGAGAGGUCAUUUUUUUAUUAACAAGCCUUCUGCCAUUUUUACUUCUCCGGCCAUACCUUCAGUGGCUCCUCCAGCUGCUUCAGUGUCCACUGAAACUACUGCUUCUGUGGCACCAGACACUUCUUCCCAGGAAAGUGAGGAAAACAUCAAGGAGGAUGACCCAACUUGGCAGAGACCUCAGCAGGCCUUCACAAGUACUGUGAGGGUCCAAAUGGAGAAGCAUGGCCUGUAUCAAAAAUUUCCUGAAAACACUCGGCUGAUUUCUGGUUUCAAGGACCACCUUAUUAACAUGCUCCAUGUCCCCAAUUGCCAACAGGAGGUGGACAAUGUCACAAGAUACCUAAAAUAUGUGCAGCCAGAUGACAUGGAGCCAACUUUCGACUUCUUAUUUGACUCAGAAAAAGGGAAAGGAGUUCCUUAA